AUGGUGGAAGCACCAGUACCUAAACCCGCACCGGGCAAUCAUGACUCCAUAGCCGCACAAUACGCCAGAGCGAAAGCGAUCAGAGAUGCCGAGGACUCGAAUAAGGUCAAGAAGAUCAUGGCGGAGAGGGGCUUGGGUCCAAACGGGAAGCCAAAAACCACGAUGGAGAGAUUGAACGAGACGAAAGCCAGUAAUUUCAAGAGGGAGUGGGGCUGGGUGGUGGGAUUUUUUGCGUGGUUAUUGUUCGUUCAUGCUGCAGGAAUCUAUUUCUUCACCAAGGGCUUCCUCCUGACCCGUCUUGUCCUGGACGAGAAAUCUUCGUGCGCCCAACCGCCAAUUGCACCGACGAGCUCUUUUAAAGGCAUAGGCACCCCGGAGGCAGGAUGCUGGCAUCCGAAAACGUUUGAGAAGGCCGUGGUUGUCAUCAUUGAUGCGCUGCGCUACGAUUUUACUAUCCCUUUCAAAAAUACCAGCGACCUUGGCUCGGGUUCUGGCCCCCAGGCUUUCCACAAUGCGCUGCCGUUCCUGUAUGAGACUGCCGUCAAUGAGCCGCAGAAUGCGUUCCUCCGCCCCUUCAUUGCGGAUCCUCCUACUACGACACUGCAGCGAUUGAAAGGUCUCACGACCGGUACGCUCCCUACAUUUAUAGACGCCGGAUCGAACUUCGCCGGUGAAGCCAUCGAAGAGGACAACCUCCUCAUACAACUCCGGGAUGCGGGGAAGAGAAUCGCACACCUGGGAGACGACACAUGGCUUGCUUUAUUUCCAGGUUAUUUCGAGCCAAAUAUCAGCCGAGCAUACGACAGCUUCAACGUGUGGGAUUUGCACACGGUGGACAACGGCGUCACCGAACAUAUUCUUCCUUUGCUUUCUCCGGAGAAGAAGGGGUUGUGGGAUGUUGUGUUUGCGCACUAUCUGGGGGUUGAUCAUGCGGGCCAUAGAUAUGGACCGAAUCAUUUUGCUAUGACUGCCAAGUUACAACAGAUGGAUGAUGUCUUGCGGAAGAUUGCUGCCGCCUUGGACGAUAACACGUUACUGGUGGUUAUGGGAGAUCAUGGCAUGGACCAGAAAGGCGAUCAUGGAGGAGAGAGUGACGAUGAGGUCGAGGCCGCCUUGUGGAUGUAUUCAAAGAAGGGCGUCUUCGGACGCACGGAUCCUGCAUUUGUCACUCCUCCUCAAUCGGCAAAGAUUAGACCAGUGGAUCAGAUUGAUCUAGUGCCUACCUUGGCCCUGCUGCUGGGAUUGCCGAUUCCAUUCAAUAACCUAGGCAAGCCUAUUGAGGAGGCAUUUGUGGGAAAGAAGGGCAAUAACUGGAAUAAUCUUGCGGGUGCUGUCAGAAUGGCCGCAGCUGGGACUAAGAGAUAUCAGGCUGCCUACUAUGCGGCCCGCGGUAUCAACGAGAGCGAACUUGAGUCAAUUGAGGGCUCGCCCCGUGGUUUGUGGGCGAAGGCUGAACGAUCUCUCUCUUCCGGUGGCAAGGAGGUGUACAGCACAUUCUCAAAUUUUCAAGUGGAGACAGUACGAGUAUUCAGGGACUUAUGGGCUCGAUUCGACGUCCCAUGCAUGUUUCUAGGUAUUGCGAUCCUUGCUGCUGGCCUGGUAUCCUUGAUCCUGUAUAUCAAGGACAAUGCUGAAUAUGGUCCCGUGGUGGAUGAUGCAGAGGUGGAGAGAAAGGAGAGAGAAGAGGAACUCGAAAGAUUUCAAAAGGGAGAUCCGAUGGACCAAGAUGAAACUUCUAGCCGAUCAGUUGUGAUGGCUGCUUUGCUUGGCACUUCUGCUGGAGGCGUCUCGGGACUCGCUGCGGCUUUGAUCUUCCAGGGCUUUACUCUUAACAUGGCUGUGCUAAAUUAUGGCCUUGGAGGUGCUGCAAUAUGCGGCCUGGUUGGUGUUCUAUAUGUUCGAUUCAAAGCACAAGAACAGCUCACCAAUCUGGUGCCAACGACCGUCUGGGGUUGGCUCGCUCUGAUCUUCACUGUCAGCCAGUCAGUAGGCUUUGCGUCGAAUUCAUAUACUAUCUGGGAGGACUCGAUUCUGCUAUUCUUCAUCUCAACAUUCGGGGUGGCGGCAGCAGUGUCAUCAUUGCGAAUUGAGGAUCCUGCUGAUAGGGCGCUGGGCGUCUAUCACUCGGUGCUCUUCACUGCUGUUGGCUGGUUCGCCUCUUUUUCGAAGCUCUGCAGGGAAGAGCAAAUGCCAUUCUGCCAAUCCACUUAUUAUGCUUCGGCAACAUCGUCGACAUCUGCGCCAUGGCAACUUAUCAUUCCAUUGGUCCUGGUAAUUUGCCUCCCAUCAGUCAUUAAGUCCUAUUAUAUGGGCAGCCGCUCAUACGAAGGUUUCGCUCCUAUUUGGAUCGGCUGGGCUUUCCGGUUUGGCCUUAUUCUUAACGCUGCGUACUGGAUUCUCGACGCUGCCGAUGAUGGCGAGUGGUUUCCCAGUCUUUCUCACAACACACUGAAAAACAUAAGGACCCCGUUGGCUCAAACCGUCUUCGCUAUGGCGAUCGGAGCUGGAUCCACGGCGUUUGGUUAUGCACCUCCCUGCGUCUCCAUCAGCACAACUACAAACCCUACCCCCAACAACGCUCAUAUGGUCAAUAGCAAAGGCACGACAGUCACCAUUCUCGGCUUUGCCAAUACCCACGGUGCCCGGUACUUCUUCCUUGUUAUCAACGUCCUGCUUUGCGUCCUCAUGGUUCAGAAGGCCAUGGGCGCCGGUGCGAUAGCCCUCAUGUCCUGGCAAAUUCUCUCCCUCCUCGAAAUACUAGACCUCAACGCCCUAGCCAAUUCGCCCAUCGGUCCCAUAGUCCUGGCUCUCCUCGGCAGCUUCUACUUCUUCAAAACCGGGCAUCAAGCUACACUCCCCUCCAUCCAAUGGGAUUCUGCCUUCAUUGCCCUCCAAGAGAUUCGCUAUCCAUGGUCUCCUCUGCUGGUCGCCCUCAACACUUUCGGCGCUCACAUCUUGGCCGUUGCUGCUGUACCGCUGGUCGCGCUGUGGAAGCAGAAGCCAAGGCAGAAGGGUCUUUUGAAGGGGGUGGCGGCGGCAUUAGCGUGGCAUAUCGUGUAUUAUGCAGUGAUUGGACUGGCAACUACGAUGUGGGCGUGUCAUCUGAGGAGGCAUCUCAUGCUGUAUCGCAUCUUCAGCCCGAAAUUCAUGACGGCAGCAGCGGCGCUGCUCGUGGUUGAUGUUAUUGGGUUCGUGAUCGCGUUGACUGCCGUGCGGUACAACACAUUAAGUGUUGGAGAGGUCUUCGGCUGGGGAUAA